UGUAUUAAUUUAAAAUGUCUAACAUAAUUCCACGUUAACAUUAUGGGCUAUUGUGUGUAGGCCAGUGACAAUCUCAAUUAAAUCCAGGCUGUAACAACAAAAUGUGGGAAAACAUCAAGGGGUGUGAAUACUUUCUGAAGGCACUGUACAUGCUUAAUACUUACUAUAGCGACAGGGCAGCAAUACAGAUUCUUAAUACUUCUACACCGUAAUAUAGGGCUGGGCGAUAUGACGAUAUAUAUCGUGUGACGAUAGAAAAACGUUAUUUAUUUCCUUGUGUCGCAAAUCACACUCUUUACGGCAAUAUUUGUCGUCAAUUGGACGACGCAUUGCGUGCCGUGUAAAGGAAAUUUGCAACACAAACAAACACGGAGGAGAGUGAAAGUGAAACGGAGCUCGUCCCUAAAAGAGGGGCUACUUCGGUCGCAUGGACGUGGUUUGGGUAUGAAAAAGAGCCAGAAAACCGUCCUCUGCGAAAUAUGCCGCAGGCCGGUCCCAACAACCGGCUCAAACACCACUAACCUCUUUUACCACCUACUCAAGAAUCAUGUGAAACAGUGCGGAGAGAGUCUACGGAUGAGGCCCAAAAAAGUACAGUCGAGUGCUCAAAACAACCCCAACUCAGACGUUGGAAGAGGCUUUUGCCCACGGCACACCAUCUGGCAAAGAAUCACGAAGAUGGAAGGAGAUAACAACUGCAGUUACAACUAACAUCUGCAAAGACAUGGCCCCAAUUUACACGUCGAGAAACGGGGGUUUCAUGACUGGUGUUAACACUCGACCCAAGAUCCACCUACCUACUAACCUGCCAUGGCUGAACCCAAGUCCAUGGAGUCCCGGGUUCUGGCUGUGGCCUUCCAGCCCAGAGAAGUUCACAGCAGGGUCCAGAGAUGGUGUCAGUGAAGCUGGAAGACUGCAGUCAAACACUGGAACUCAAUGUGAUUGUCAAAGAGGAAGAAGAGGAGACAGAAAUCCAAGAAGAGGUGGAGGAGAGAGCAGUCAAAGAAGAAGUGGAGGAGAGAGCAGUCAAAGAAGAAGUGGAGGAAAGAGCAGUCAAAGAAGAAGAGGUGGAGGAAAGAGCAGUCAAAGAAGAAGAGGUGGAGAACAGGGAAGUGUCUGCUCCAGAUCUAGAGGAAGAGGAGGAAGUAGAUAGUAUCACUGACCCAGGAGAGAGCUCCAACCCAGGUUCAGACAGUGAGCCCAGUUCCACAGCAUCAGGAAACAAUAAACAACACAGACAGAGGAACUCAAGACAGAAACAUCACCACUGCAUGGACUGCUUCACUAGUUUCUAUGAGCCAGAGGAGUUAAGAAGGCACACUUGUAGGCCCCGCUCCUGCUCAGAUUGCAGAGGCAGUUUUAUUUGUCCAACUCACCUCAAAUCAAAACCGACAAAAAAAAGAAAGACGCACCCAUGUGGGCAAUGUGGAAAGAGUUUUCAGACCCCAAGCAAACUAAAAAUACACCAGCGAACUCACACGGGGGAGCAACCUUUCCAUUGCUCUGUUUGUGGGAAGAGUUUCUCUCUUUCACAGAACUUAAAUCGACACCAAAUAACUCACACAGGAAAGAAGCCUUUCCUCUGCUCUCAGUGUGGGAAGAGUUUCAGUCAUUCAUCAACUCUGAAGACACACCAGCUAAUUCAUACAGGAGAGAAGCAUCACCACUGCUCUCAGUGUGGGAAGGGUUUCAGUCGGGCAGGAGACCUAACAAGACACCAGUUUACUCACACAGGAAAUAAGCUUUUCCACUGCUCUCAGUGUGGGAAUGGUUUCAGUCGAGUAGCAGCCCUGAAGGUACACCAGCAAACUCACACCGGAGAGAAGCCUUACCACUGCUCUGUUUGUGGGAUGAGUUUUUCCCUUUUACAGACCCUAAAUAGACACCAGCUUACGCACACAAGAGAGAAGCCUAAUCACUGCUCUGAGUAUGGGAAAGGUUUCGGUCACUCAUCAAAUCUGACGACAUACCUGUUAAAGUGAGUUCUGUUGCAUUUUAUUAUGGGAAUAGGACUUGCCCCCCAAAUAGGACAGGGGUUAUGGCAUUAACGUCCACUCAACUUGUCUCUGGUCAUCUGGAUCACUGCUCAGCGUUUACCUAACCUAUUGUUUUACCACUUCAAUCCUGGGUAACCCUGGUAACAUCUUAUAAACCUUGAGUAUCAUGUAAUAAACACUGGAUGUCUGUUAAUAAAUGAUGGUAAUCAUGGGUAUAAUAGGUAGAUAUUUGUGAAGGAAGAAUGGUUGACAACCUUUUAACUUGGGUGUCAUGUUAUAAACACUGUAGCUAUAUUAUGAAAUAAAAAUGUUAGUGGCGAAA